CUUGCGAUGGCGACACACUUUCUCAUCUCGGUCAGUACAGUGAUCGACUCUGAGCAAAACAUCGAUACCUCGUGCAUUCGGAAAGCAAUCCACACUGUUGAAAAGCAUGCGCAGCCUGGAUCGACAGUUGUGAUCGAAAGCUCAGUCGCCGUCGGGAUGACAAGAGAGCUUCUGUCCCCUUUGAUGGACUCCAGAGCGCUCAGGUGCGGCAUGUCACCGGAGCGCGUUGAUCCUGGAAGAACGUACCCGCAUUACACCGCGAUUCCAAAGAUCGUUUCGGGCCUCGACACCGCGUCACUGGAGUCAAUUAGAUCUUUGUACGCUCGUGUCUUCCAAAACCUGGUUCUUGUGUCCAGCACAGAAGUCGCAGAGAUGACCAAGUUAUACGAGAACUGUCAACGCAUGAUGUGUAUUGCGUACGCAAACGAAAUGGCUGAUGCGUGUGCUCAACUUUCAAAGAUUACAAUCGACCCGCUUGAAGUCUCAAGGGCGGCCGCGACGAAACCCUUUGGUUACAUGUCUUAUUCGCCUUCACUUGGCGUCGGAGGCCACUGCAUACCCUGCAAUCCAUUCUACCUCCUUUCCAACUCGGACUUCCCCUUACUCGAGGCAUGCACGACGAGAAUGCGAGAGCGACCUGCCCGUAUGGGUGAUCGAAUUAUGAAGAGACUGCAAAGAGACUUCAAAGAAAGAACAUCCAUUCUGGUCGUUGGAUUGGGAUUCAAACGUGGUCAAUCUGUGUUGUCGCAUUCUCCUGCACUGGCCUUGGCGACACACCUCCUAAGCAACUACAACGUAUAUGUUGAGUACGCUGACCCUUUGGUCGAUGAAAGUGCUAUUGCAAGUAUUCCGAGACUGAACGAGUCAGAGUGGAAUGUGCAGCAUCUUCGGCAAUUCGAUGGGAUAGUGGUUGCUGUAGACCAGCCUGGACUUGAUAUGAGUGUCAUUAAGGCUGUCGAGCAGGAUGGAGUGUACGUGGAAUGGUUUUGCAGUGUUGGGAAAAUUCAAUAG